AUGGAGGAAAACUUGGAGAGGCUGGAGUGGGCGCACUCCAAGCUGGAGUUUGCACUUGAGAGAUCCAGCAAGCUGCUCAUCACCGAUGUAUCCUUGCUGCAUCAGCGAAGGGCCAUAAAGCGUGUCUACUGCCAAUUUGAGUGGUGCGCUGACAAGGCUGACAAGUUCAUGAGCAAAGUGGAGUCUGGUUGUACACUUGCGCACUACAGGUUUUUCAGCCCUCUCAUCACGCAACUUCUCCAAGUUCAGAAUUUGGAGUAUGUGAUGAAAGAUAAGCGUAUCAUCUGCAUACUGGAGACUAAAGAUACCUCCAGGGCAGAAAUCAGGCAACAGUCCAGAGAUUAA